AUGGAGGGGGGUGUAGUCUUGCUUCCUGACGAGGUGGGCAGCCUUCUACUGGCAUUGCCUGAUUCAAAUUCUGCUGUAGACCAGCUGCAUGUGAUCUCUGAACAAAUUCCUGGUGCCACCCGACUCGUUGCAAUCGCCCAUCCAACCGUCAUUUACGACUACGAAGCAGAAGUUAGUUCAAUUUCGGAGAAACUCGCACGCCGUUGCUGGCCAGGCCCUGUCGCCCUGCGUACUCCUGGCAAGUCUGCGGAAUCUCAGUGCGAAACGUGGCCAGAUCGCUCUAAGCAGUGGGGAAUUAAUGACUUUGGACGAGCCUUCAUGGUACCAGGUGGAGUCUUCGCUGAAGAAGUUGUUCGGAAACUCCCAACCGCAGCAUUAGGCUUGUCUGUUUCACCGGAACAGGUGAAGGAAAUUUCGACAGAUCAGAUCGAUUUGAUUGUCAGCAGCUCAGCUGAAACGUACUCCGAGGGAAUCACAGUCGUUUCAGUACAAGAUCAUCAGCUACAUAUCGAACGCGAAGGUGCCGUCAGUCAAAGAGUACUAAAUCGUUUAAGGGGUGAAGUUUAUAUCUUCAUAUGCACCGGCAACACCUGUCGCAGCCCCAUGGCAGAGGCGAUCUUUCGCAAAAUGCUGGCAGAUAAGAUUGGCUGUCAGGAUGACGAGUUGCUGGAUCGAGGAUACACUGUCAUUUCUGCUGGACUCGCAGCUUAUCCUGGUUACGAAGGAAUCGACUUCGGCCCUGGAGAUGAAGAAAGCGUCGAUUACCCCGAUUACGCCAGCAAAGUCGCAGAAUCCGUGAGCAAUGGGUCCGUUGAUCGCGGUAUUUUGAUCUGUGGAACGGGAAUGGGGAUGUGCAUCACCGCCAACAAAUUCCAGAAUGUCCGAGCUGUCUCUUGCCAUGAUGAUGUGACCGCGGAGUACAGUAGACGUCAUAACAAUGCCAACAUCAUGUGCCUGUCGGCUGACAUGCUCGUUAAAGAGUUGACCGAUGUUGUGCACAUCGAGUUACCUUCUGUUGGAAAGACGGUGGCCGCUGGCGAAGAGAUGGGAGAGAUCGAAAGCGUGAAAGCUGUUAGCGAUCUCUACGCACCUGUCAGCGGUGAAAUCAUUGAAGUGAAUUCUGCACUCGAAGACGACUUAAGCCCAUUGUCUGAGGAUGCUUUCGGUGCUGGUUGGAUCGUGAAACUCAAAGUCGCCGAUUCUUCCGAGGCCGAAGCGAGUCAGGGAACUCUCCUAGCCUUCUUUGAGUACCAGUCGUUGAUCUGCGGUCUGACAGGCUUUGAUGUCUCCAACGCCAGCCUGUACGAAGGCGGGACUUCGGUCAGCGAAGCCGCUUUCAUGGCGAUGCGCGUCACCCGUCGGCAUGGCAAAAUAUUGAUCUCAGAAGGUGUUCAUCCUGAGUACCGGCAAGUGGUCGAGACCUAUGUUCGGAACCUCGACACCGAAGUCGUCACAAUUCCAACAGUCAACGGGACAACCGAUCUUGAAGCGACUCGCCAACUGGUUGACGACGAGACCGCGUGCCUGGUCUUACAACAACCGAAUUUCUUUGGUUGUCUUGAAGAUGGAGAAACACUUUGUGAAAUUGCCAAAGAAGCAGGCGCACUUUCCGUUGUCUCGUUUGAUCCAAUUUCACUCGGCGUCCUGAAACGGCCUGCCGACUACGGAGCAGAUAUCGGCGUCGCUGAGGGACAAUCGCUGGGAGUCCCUCUGCAAUAUGGUGGCCCUUACUUGGGGAUCCUCGCCUGCCGAGAACAGUACGUUCGCAAAAUGCCCGGUCGCCUCAUCUCUCUGGCAACUGAUCGCGAUGGCAAACAAUGCUACGUUCUCGGCCUGCAAACCCGCGAACAGCAUAUCCGACGUGACAAGGCCACCAGCAAUAUCUGUACGAAUCAAGGACUCCUGGCUCUGAGGGCGACCUUCUACCUGUCGCUCAUGGGACCUGCCGGACUCAAAGAAGUCGGUGAGUUAUCCUGCCAGAAAGCCCACUAUGCAGCUCAGCAGUUCACAAAGUUAGAUGGUGUUCAGCUUGCCUAUGACACACCGUUCUUCAAAGAAUUUGUACUCAAUGUAAGUGAGGGGGCCGAGUCAUUCAUUCAGCGAGCAGCCAACGCCGGUUUUGAUGUCGGCCCGGCACUCAACAGGUUCCCCGCCAGCGACGAUCAAAGUGAGAACCUGGUUCUUGUCGCAGUCACAGAAGUUCGUACUCGAGAUGAAAUCGAUUCAAUGAUCGUUUUACCCGCUCAUUGUUGCAGCGAAGCACCUUUACCCUUGCCGGAAUUGGCAGAGGGUGAUGUCGUUCGACAUUAUCUGAACCUCUCGACGCUAAACAUGUGUGUCGAUUCACACUUUUAUCCACUUGGUAGCUGUACGAUGAAGUACAACCCCAAGCGGCAUGAGCGUUUGGCACGAACUCAUGGAUUGGGAGACCUGCACCCCUACACGACUCCUGAAAAUUCACAGGGAAUGCUGGCGAUUCUUCAUGAGUUGCAAACAAUGUUGGGAGAAAUCGCAGGCUUGCCUGCCGUCUCGCUGCAACCAGCCGCUGGUGCUCAAGGCGAACUCGCAGCCUUGCAUGUGGCCUCAGCAUACUUCGCUGACAAAGGAGAAAGCCGGACCAAAGUUAUCUUCCCCAGCAGUGCUCAUGGAACAAAUCCAGCCAGUGCUGCAUUAGCUGGCUUCGAUUGCGUUCAGCUCGCUCCUUCAGAAGAUGGUCUGGUCGAUCUUGAAGAGUUAAAGAAGCACGUCGAUGAGCAAACUGCGGUCUUCAUGAUCACCAACCCCAACACCUUGGGGUUGUUCGAGAAAGGCAUCGCUGAGAUCUGCCAAGUCCUGCAUGACAAUGGCGGUCUAGUCUAUAUUGAUGGUGCCAACAUGAACGCCAUUCUGGGAAUUACUCGCCCCGGUGACUUCGGCGGUGACAUGAUGCACUACAACGUUCACAAAACAUUCACCGGUCCUCAUGGAGCAGGUGGUCCAGGGGCUGGACCCAUCGCUGUGCGAGAUUUUCUAGCAGACUUCCUGCCAGGCCCCGUUGUCACCAAGUCCAGUGAUGGUGAGAACAUCGAAUACCAACUCACCAACCCACCGAAAAGCAUCGGACGCAUGCGGUCCUUCUUCGGCAAUGUCGGCAUUCUAUUAAGAGGUUAUUUCUACCUGAGAACAUUAGGAGCCCAGGGACUGCGAGAUGUCUCAGAGCAUGCAGUCCUCAAUGCCAACUAUUUGAAAGCAGCAUUGAGCGAUGUUCUCCCCGUCCCCCGUGGUGAGCAUUGCAUGCACGAAUUUGUCGCUUCAGCUCGCAAACUGAAAGAUGAACAAGGGAUCACAGCGAUGGACAUCGCGAAACGCCUGCUUGACUUCGGCUUCCACGCCCCGACUGUUUACUUCCCGCUUGUCGUCCCCGAAGCGAUGAUGAUUGAACCAACAGAGACCGAAUCAAAGGAAACCCUAGAUGCUUUCGUGGAUGCGAUCAAAGCAAUUGUCUCCGAAAAUGCAGAGACGCUGCACGAAGAGCGGCCAAACAUCGUCUUGAUUAUGGCCGACGAUAUCGGUGUUGAAGGAAUCGGCUGUUACGGAGGGACGAGUUACCAAACACCUGCCAUCGAUCGGUUGGCCUCAGAGGGUGUUCGUUUUACCCACGCCUACGCUCAGCCAUUGUGUACCAAUACCCGGGUCCAGUUGAUGACCGGCCUGUACAACAAUCGCAACUGGCUCUACUUCGGAAUACUUGAUCCGCAAGCAAAGACGAUUGGUCACUAUAUGCAGGAAGCUGGCUACAACACCUGUAUUGCCGGGAAAUGGCAGUUGCAAAGUUACGAUCCUCCCAGCUAUCCCGGCUCCCAUUUGCGUCGUGGAAAGGGGAUGAAGGCCUCCGCUGCUGGAUUUGACGAGUACAGCCUGUUUCAUGCCUGGCAUUCUGAAGACAAGGGAUCCCGUUUCGCAAACCCGACUUUUUAUGAAAACGGCAAGCUGAUCAAGGAACUCAAAGGCAAAUACGGCCCGGACCACUGGGUCGAAUUCAUCAACGACUUCAUCGAACGCAAAAAGGACGAUGACAAACCUUUCUUCGUCUACUAUGCGAUGGCCUUACCCCACCGCCCAUUCGAACCAACACCUGACAGCGAGGACUGGCUCAACCAGGCAGCUUAUGCAGAAGAAGAUACGCGGCACUUUCAGGACAUGGUCGAGUAUAUGGACAAAUGCGUCGGCCGCGUGGUCCAUCAUGUUGACGCCCUGGGGCUGGGUGAGAACACCAUCGUAAUUUUCUACAGCGACAAUGGAACACAUCAGAAAAUCACUUCUCAAACAAUCAAUGGACCCGUCGUCGGAGGAAAAGGCCGAACAACAGAUGCGGGGACACACGUACCUCUCAUCGUCCGUUGGACUGGAAAGGUAAAAGCUGGCAUCAACGGGAACCUUGUCGAUUCCACCGACUUCUUACCGACAGUCAUGGAAGCAGCACAUAAACCGAUCAGUUCCGAAGUCAAUCUCGAUGGAAUCAGUUUCUACGCUCAACUGUUUGGAAACUUUGAUCGUGUUCGCCAAUGGGUCUUUUGCCAUUACGACCCUCGACCAGGCUGGGACAAAGACCAAUUCAGAAAAAUCCGUUUCGCACGCGACAAGAAAUAUAAACUUUAUGGCGAUGGAAAACUUUACGAUGUGCCCAACGACAAACUCGAAAAACAGCCAAUCCUCGCCAACGCAGAUACUCAGGAACAACGGCCAGCACGUCAGCGACUCGCUGCCGUUUUAGAAAACAUGUCCAAUCCUGAUCCGGCUCCCCGGGAUGGCGAUCCUCGUAAAUUGGAACAACGUUUAUAUUUGGCUGCCGGAGGACAUCUCAGUGUAUACGAAGUCAACAAAGAGACUGGUGCUUUGUCGCAGCUCCAGAAGUUACCGCUCGCUGGAGCUGGCCCCUUCACUUUCGCUCCGAACCGUAAGUUGAUGUACGCCGUAGCGACAAUGACAGAAGGCAAGGUGAAGUCACCAUCAAUCGCGACUCUACAGAUUGAGCCGGGAGGCCAACUCAAGCUCGUCAAUAAUGCAAGAGCAAAUCUGCGCGCCGGUUAUCUGAUGACUGAUAACAAUGGAGAGUUUUUGGCGGGUAAUCAUUAUGGCCCGGGGAAGGCUUCCAUCUGGAAAAUUGAUCCGAUCUAUCGCGGUGUGACGUUAGGAGAAUUGCCACUUGAACAAAGAUUUGACACUGAAAGUGGUCAGCUAGAACCAAUUCAAAAUAUUGUGACACAACCGGAAGGCUUCACCGGACAGAUCACGACUGCCGACCUCCACCUGACUCCGGAUGCUCGAUUCUUGUAUGUCUCUAACCGGGAUAUCUCCAAACGCAAUGCGCCGACAGGGGAAGACAGCAUUGUCGGCUUCAGUGUUGAUGCUCAAACCGGAGAGCUGAAAAUGAUCGGUCACUCUCCCUGCGAGCGUAUUCCCAGAUCCUUCACCAUCGACAAGCUUGGUCAGUUUCUCUACGUCGCCGGUCAAGGUGAUUCUCGUCUGGGGAUCUAUCGCAUCGAGGAGUCCGGCUCCUUGAAAAAGCUUCAGCAGCACCAAGUUGAGAAAAGUCCGAUCUGGGUAGAAACGUUGUCCAUUCUUGGACAGUAA